AUGCAUUUGAGCGCAGGGGCCCGCGGGCAGGCCGGUGGUCUUACCGACCUAGAAUCAUCCAAGUCAGCCUCAAACUUGCAAGUCGAGUUCGCAAAUCCUGAUGAAUUUUCAAAGCGAAAACAAAACGUCUCCAGUUUGAUAUUGGAAGCAGGCACCAUCCCCGUGGAGGAGGAAAAGGAGAAUAAUUAA